AUGCAACUCCAAUUCGCCCUCCUCCCCCUCCUCCCAACCCUCCUCCUCACAACCGCCCAAGCCACCACCGACCCAACAAACCCCAUCCUCACAGCCCUCACCUCCAUCUCGGCGCACACAACAACCCUCAACACGACAGUCUCCACCUGGACCGGCUCCCCGCUCACCCUCCUGACCAUCACCGCCCAGUCCGGCACCCUCCUCGAGAGCAUCUACGCCGGCACGCACGCGGCCUCGCGCGCGGCGAACCUCACCCUCGACGAGACGCUCGCCGUGGCCUCGGCGACAGUCACCCUCGCCACGGACGUCAACCAGACCAUCACCAGCAUCAUCCGGGCGAAGCACAAGUUUGACGCCUUGCUGGUUGCGGAUCCGGUCGUGCUGCUGAACUUGCAGCUCGAGAGGGAUGCGUCCAAGGAGUUUGCGGCCAAGGUUGUGGAAAAGGUGCCGGUGGACUUGCAGAGUGUUGCGGAGGGGUUGACAAAGGGGAUUGAUGAUAGCUUUGCGGAGGGGAUUGCUGCGUUUGAGGUUUUGUGA